ACCAUAGUUAAUAUAGAAGACCGGGUUUGGAAGGCUGGGUCACGUGACGAAAUAUGUUGGAUUUUCGGUCACGUGGAACAUAUAGUGCAUUGCGUGCAAGAUCGUAAACAAUGGCCAUAGUAAUUCAUACAAUGAGUGCGAAUUUAUACCAUGACAUGCGAAGCGAAAAAAGCUGUUGGUUUGGCGAUUUUUUUACAAUGCUUCGAGCCAAUUGCUAAAUAUUUGGUUGUGGAACAAGCAGAAAGCAUGUUGGGCUCGGAAUCUUUCGAAUUCCAUCUGGCAAAGACGAAUUAUCAACUAGAGCUCGAGAGGCUUGGGUUAGGAAACAUAAUUACAAAGAAUCGACAUAUGGACAAAAGUUUACGUCGCCAGAUCGAUAUUAAAGGCGAGCUGCAUGUUUUCGAGCAUAGAAACAUCCCAAGAUUGAAAUACAUUGAUUGUCGUACGUGUAUUCUUAUUUUUUUCGUAAGCAAUGAGUUAAAACUGUGCGAAAGAGGCAAUAACGUGAGAACAACUUAUAUCUACCAGGCAAAACCAGGCAGUAAUAAGAUUGCCCAAACCUUUACUGGACUAUCAAUUAAAGAGACUGUAAAUUCAGUUGUUGCCCUGACAAGGUUUUUGUUGAGCGAAGGAUUUGAGUUUGUGCUCACAGAACGGUUCUGCCAGGAUGAUAUAUGAUGUUUAAGAGUAUUUCGGUUUAAUACCAGCGAGCACAAGGGAGAAGGAAUGAUAUUUUACUGUAAAACCCAACAGCAGCUGACAAUCCAUUCAAGGAAAUGUUUCAAUUCUGGACGGCAUUCUGGUAUUAAAGCGAAGAAAGUGGUGUAAAUGUGUAAUGUCAGUGAGGAGUCAUUGCCCAAAGAGAAGAACAUAAAACAAUCAAGAAAUAGUGAUCUUGAACAUGUUAUGAGAACAAUAGUACAAGUAAUGCAAAAUAUUGAUAAUUUUUCGAGAACUCUUGUAGUCUGUAGAGUGCUACGAGUAAAAUCAUCAGGCAUUACUGUACGUAAUAGACAGAGUAAAAUAAUAAAGUAGGGUGCAUCUGGGUACAUUGCCACUUAAUGGGUUAAAUUUAGAGAAUUUCCAUGCUGUUAAAACAAAUGAGCUAAAGCUCAUUAUAAUUUUGCUUGAUCUAGCUAUGCAUGAUAUAACUUUGAAGCAAUUUAGUGCUGACACCAAUAUGUACUUCAUGCCACAAAAAUGAUCUAAUAGUUUACCUUGUUAAGAAUUUUCAAAAUUAACAGUACCUUAGAAGUGCUUAACCCAUUAAACACCAACACUCUACCCUUGACAAAUAAAAUUGUCUGGUAUUAAACAGAGUAAAAUAGUCUGGCAUUAGACAGAGUAAAGUAGGGCCCAUCAGGGCACAAUGUUACUGAAUGGGUUAAGUAAGUCAUAUCAGUACGUGCUAAACAAUAAAUUGCAAUGCAAUGUGGGAAACAUGCAGGACAAAAUAUACCUAAUGUUUAUAUUGACUCAAAAUUGUGUGAUAUAAGCACUUUUAAGGUCUAUUACCACUCCCAUGAAGUGCUACAGUAUAUUAGUAUAAGAUUACGCUUCAUUAUGAUUGGCUAAACAGCAAUAUUUGUCCCUGAAUCAGUUAGCUUGGGGAGGAUUGCUUAUAAGCUGACCACAGUGAAAGGUGAUGUAGCACUUCACGAGGAGUGUUAAAAACUUAUUCCUAUCCAAUCAGUAUUUAAGUGUAUCUCUUUCAAAUAAUGCUAGAUUUACUCCAUAAUAAUACCCUUUAAUUAAUUAAACUGAAAUGUAGUAGUUAAUUAGUGUACAUAUUUUUUCAUCACUAUAUAAAUAUUUGCAAUUAAAACCUACUAAAAAAUAUUUACAUUUAGCAUUCAGUUGCAAUAAAUAUUUUAGUAACAAUGUCUAGACCAACCUUGUAUCCAGGAUCUUUUCUUUUGGAGAGAAAAGACCCUGGUAGAUGCUUGUCACAUGACGUGCUAAAAUCUCAUAAAAUUUGGCAGAUUUUUAAUUAACUAUAUUGGACUCCUUUACUUAUGACAAUCAUACAAAAUACAUCUCAUAAAAUUAAUUAAACUAUAAAAAUCAUCCAAACAUCAAAUAUUUAUAAACCUCAGGUUGGAUUGCUAAUUAGAAACCUGCUAGAUUUCAGUAGAUCAUGUGAUCAUGCACUUCAAAUGUGUCACAUACCAUGUGUGACAGCACAGUGGUGACAGUGAUUGGUUAUGGUUUUUCAAUACCCUAGAUUAUAUUUAAGCUGGACAUUUGGUCAAAUGCAAUACAUUUUAAAGACGUGAUCUUAAAAAACUAAUGUACUUCUUUGGUGGCAAAAGGGUUCAAGGAAU